AUGGCCAGGGUCCCCCUUCUUCUCCUGAUAUUGUGUCACUUCUCAGGUUCUCUCUCCCAGCCUGUGCUGACUCAGCUGCCCUCCAUCUCUGCAUAUUCUGGAGCAACUGUCAGACUCUCUUGCACCCUGAGCAGUGGUGAUAUCAUUACUGGCUAUCACACAACCUGGUACCAGCAGAAGCCAGAGAACCAGUCCCAGUUUCUGCUAAGAUACCACUUAGACUCUAAUAAGAACCAGGGUUCUGGAGUUCCCAGCCUCUUCUCUGGAUCUAAAGAUGCCUCAGCCAAUGCUGGAUUUUUACUCAUCUCAGGCCUUCACCAAGAGAGUAAGGCUGAUUAUUACUGUCUAAUGCUUCAUACUAACAGUGGCACUUGCACAGUGAUCCAGACCAAGGGAGAAAUGAGAUUUAAAACUCCCCUUGUUUUCUCCCUGACUUGUGCUCUCAUAGGGUCCCAGGCACAGUCUAAGUUGAUUCAAGAAUCUUCAAAGUCAGCAUCUAAAGGGGAGAAGGUCACUCUCUCCUGCACUGGAAAUAGCAACAAUGUUGGAGCUUAUUAUGUAGGCUGGUAUCAACAGAUUCUAGGUUCUGCCCCCAAAACUGUGAUGCUUGGUACUACAAGGCCUUCAGGGAUUCCUGAUCGCUUCUCUGGCUCCCAUUCUGGCAACACAGCCACCCUGACCAUCACUGGGCUCCAAGUGGAGGAUGAGGCCAAUUAUUACUGUUCAACAUGGGACAAAAGCGUGACUCAGGAAACUUCACUGACCACAACUCCAGAAGGGACAGUCACACUCACCUGUGGCUCCAGUACUGGUGCCUUCACCACGAGUAACUAUGCAGUCUGGAUCCAACAGAAGCCCUACCAGGUACCUCAGGGUGUAAUAGGUGGCACCAGUAAUCGGGUUCCAGGAGUCCCUGCCCGAUUCUCAGGUUCCCUGCUUGGAGACAAGGCUGCCAUCACCAUCAUAGGGGCCCAGACUGAGGAUGAGUCCACAUAUUACUGUGCUCUGUGGUUCAGCAACCAUUUCCACAGUGACACAUACAGAUUGGGAAAUGAGACACAAACACUCUGA